GAUAAUAUUUUGCUGUUGCUGACAAACAAAAAUUAAACCAUGUCUACUUCUGGUGUUAGGUUCUGUCUCACAGUCCCAAAGUCGUUAAAACAUCCAAAAUAUUCCGAUAAUACCUAUCAAAUACGUGUUGCUCAUAGACUAGCUGAAUGUCUUAAAACUUCCAUUAUGGAAAACCGUCUAAUGUCAACUUUUAUUCCUACUGACAGACAGAUUAACAUUGAGUGUGAUGACCAGCCAGUAUUUACAUCUUGUUGUACAAUUGAUGAAACACCAACUGAUUAUAAUAAUUGUGGUCAUUCUACACACUUUGUUCUGAUAUAUAUACCAAAGUUGUGGCUUAAACAAUGUGCAUCAUUACUAAGACCGGAUUUAUCAAUCGACAAACAAGAACUCAAUAAUUGUGUUCAAAAGUUAACCGAUGGGCAAACAGCUUGGCUUGCCGAACUCGCUAUUCGUAGUUUAGUUUUGUCUAAGGCACACAUUAAAAGUCUUGUAUAUGAUUUGGGUUUGUCCUUAAAUCUGAUUGGUAAUAUUGAUGAGUAUAUUUUAUCAAAUCGUUCAGCUCUAUUCAUCUUAGAGUAUUUAGGACUAAUAUCUAAUUUAACUAGAAGUCAUGACAAAAUGGAAAGACGAUCUAUAUGGACCGAUCAUUUCUCCACUUUAAAUGUAUUUCCGAAUUCGGAGAAAUUACGUCAGUAUUUUGGCGAUUCAAUUGGAUUUUAUUUUGUUUGGAUGAAGUCUUAUUGUGUUUAUUUAACUUGUCCGUUAAUCGCUGGUUUAUUUUGUCAAGUGUUCAAUUUACUAAAUGGUCAACAUUUUGAAGAUAAGCAAGUAUCACUAGGAAUUCAUUUAGUUUAUACUAUUUUCAUGAUAUUAUGGGCUGUUAUCUGUACUAAAAUGUGGCAACGUGAGUAUAUUUCUUGUGUCGAUCGAUGGUCUGGCAAUGCCUUAAUUGAAUUAGCAGCAAAUGACUUAGCUUGGCUGUUUAACUUUAUUGAUCAGAGGCCAACUUUUCACGGCACUUGGAGACAAAGUCGCGUUACUGGCUUGAUGGAAUUGCACUAUCCCGCAGCUAAACGUCGAUUACGUUAUGUGGCAUCCGGUUUCAUCACAUUAGUAUGUUUGUUAUGGGCUAUAUUUGUAAAUAUUGCCCUGUUGAAUAUGGAAGGUUUUAUCGUAGCAGAAAAGUCGCCAUGGUUUCAUAUAGGAUUCGUAAGUCAGUUCGCUGAACCUCAUGCAAUAUUUGAUCCGAACGCCAAUGGAAUAUUAUCGUAUAUUCCUGGGGUUUUACAUUCUUUAAUGGUUUUCGUUAUGAAUCAAAUGGUUUUUCGUGCUAUUGCUGAACAUCUAACUGAAUGGGAAAAUCAUUGUACAAAUAAGGAUUAUGAACGUGCAUUGAUUAUAAAACGUUUCUUAUUUGAAUUGGUUGAUGCAUAUGGUGGUUUAAUUUAUUUAGGCUUUAUAUUAGCUGAUCGUUUGGCAUUACGUUCACUUUUAUUAACAAUGUUUGCUACUGAUUCAAUAAGACGCUUAACACUUGAAUGUAUUAUACCAUACAUAAUUUAUCGAUUUCGUGCAUGGAAAGAAAAACAAUCAAUUGGUUUAAUUAAACGUAAUCACAAUAGUGAAAAACCUGUGUAUCAAAUACGUGUUGAACGUGAAUUAUGCGCAGAUAUUUAUGAAUCAUUUGAUGAUUAUUUAGAAAUGGUUUUACAACAUGGCUAUCUUGUAUUAUUUGCUUAUGCAUCACCAUUAUUUAUUACAAUUUUAGCUAUAUUAUGUACAUUUCUUGAAAUACAUUUUGAUGUAUUCAAAUUAUUUUGGGUAACACAAUGUCCUAAAUCGAAUUUAUUACUUAGAGAACAAUCUAUAUGGUUAUUGCUAUUAGGUAUACAAGCUUGGUUAUCUGUAUUAACUAAUGCUGGUUUAUUAAUAUCAGAAAUUCAUCGAUUAGAAAUCUUAACUGAUAUGACAGCAAGCACUAUAUUUCUAAUAUUUGAACAUUGCCUUAUAUUCAUUGCUUUGUGUAUACAUUUUUUAAUAUCUGAUACACCGGUUACUGUACGAGAUGCUAGAUUAUCUCGAGAUUUUGCUAGAGCACGUUUGUUGAAUCCUAAAAUAGAUAAUUAAUUAUAUGAAGAUCAUGCUGCACAUAAAUGCACGUAUUACAUAAUACACAAAGUUUAAAAAAUCGUGAUGUGAUAUAUUAGUAAUUGUCUUAGCCUUUUUCACCUACUUAUAUUUAUUAUUUUGUUUGUCCUGAUUACGUUGUAUCUUACUUAUACUUUACAAUUUUAGUAUAUGAAUUUUGUAGACUUUCGUUUGUACUCAUCAAACUUAGACAAUACGUUUUUUUUCAAUGGUUUGUUAUUGAAUGAUGUUUUGAACGUUUAUCCAUAAAAGUCAAUACAAAA